CUGUGGAACCUGCGGGGUUUUACGCUCAGACGAAACACGGAGUUCGUGGAAAGUCUCCCGUCGUGGACACUUUUUGUCUUGAGGAGGAUUUAAUGAGUAAACGCAUGUCCUGACUCGGCGGAGCCGGACUGGAGUCUUUGUUCUGGGACUGGAGGAUCGAGCAGUGGGACCAUGGAGGUGGACUGUUACCAGCUUUAUUUCGUCGAUUAUUUCGACACCGAGGAGGAUUUUUACAAAUCGACAGCACCGAGUGAGGACAUCUGGAAAAAGUUCGAGCUGCUGCAGACUCCUCCUCUGUCCCCCAGCAGGACCCUGAGCGGGACCGCCCUGCACCUGCCGCCGGGGGACAAGCUCAGCUGGCUGUCCAAAGUCCUGGGACAGGACGACGACAGCGAGAGCCACUUCAUCCCGGACACCAAGGAGCUGCUUGGCAACCUGAGCUCCAUCAUCGUGCAGGACUGCAUGUGGAGCAGCUUCUCCGCCACCAAGCACCCGGAGAAGGUCAAAGCUGCGGGGCUCCAGGGCUCAAACCGGCCGGGCAGAGCGCACUGCGCCCCGCCCGCCGGCCCCCGGCCCGGCCCGGUUCCGGACUGCGUCGACCCCGCCGCUGUUCUCACUUUAACGGCAAACGGCUGCAGGAAGGCGGCGUUGUCCGGCUCCGAUUCCUCCGAGGAUGAUGAUGAUGAGGAUGAUGACGACGAUGAGGAGGAGAUCGACGUGGUCAGUGUGGAGAACAAGCAGAACCAGUCGCAUCUGGUAAACAGUCGAAAGCCUGUGACUGUUACCGUCCGUGCCGAUCCCUGCCCCAAACGCUUCCACGUGUCCGUCCACCAGCAGCAGCACAACUACGCCGCCCGCUCCCCGGACACUGAUCCAGAACCUGACCACGAGGACAGCGACCAAGAGCCUGACGUCAAGCGCGCCUGCACCUCCUUCUUGCCAGGUCGUUCCUCUUUGCCGUCUUCGCCCUCAGAAAGUCUCCAAAACUCAGACGCAGAAGACACUGACCGUAGGCGGAACCACAACAUCUUAGAGAGGAAGAGGAGGGAAGAUCUGCGCUCUCGCUUCCUCGCGCUGCGGGAUCAGAUCCCCGGACUGGAGUCGGUCAAGACUCCGAAGGUGGUGAUCUUAACCCAGGCUGCUGAAUACAUCGCCGAGCUGCACGUCCAGGAGAAACGGCACAUCAAGGAGAAGCGGCGCCUCAAAUCCCGGCAGCAGAUGCUCGUGCGCAGGGUGUCUGAAUUAAAGCGCUCCUGAAACCUGCUGGUUUGUGUUGCCGGACAAGCAGCAUUCGUCAGAAACCGUAAAAGUGUCGCUUUUGGAAAAGCUGUACAUUUAAAACAAACCGUGUUAAAAUCUAAAACCUGCCUCAUGUAGAUAAAACCUGCCUCAUGUAGAUAUCUGUGAUCUUUGAGUUCGAGAGUUUCGGCCCUGUUCUCU